AUGCGUCAGGACGUCAUGUGUGUUGACGACGAAAUGCUGCUUCACUGUUUCGAGCACAAUUGCGCAUAUGGCAUGUGGCAGACAAAGCGAUUUUUCCCGGACGAAGAUCUAUGGCCAGAAUCCGAGAUGAUGCCCCCACGCGGACAGAUGGGCGCUGACUGCAACUGGAUCCUCGCGCAGUUCUCCAGCAUGGUGCGAUAUUUGCCAGCAUAA